AUGGCUGCGGAGCCCAUCUCCAAUGGCCUUCUUGGUUCCAAGAACAAGAAGGUCGCCUACUUCUACGACUCCGAUGUGGGUAAUUAUGCCUACGUCUCAGGCCACCCCAUGAAGCCCCAUCGCAUACGAAUGACGCACAGUCUCGUGAUGAACUACGGGCUUUACAAGAAAAUGGAAAUCUAUCGAGCGAAACCCGCUUCGAAGUACGAAAUGACACAAUUCCAUACCGAUGAAUACAUUGAUUUCUUGUCCAAAGUGACACCAGACAACAUGGAUCAGUUCUCCAAGGAACAAAGUCGGUACAAUGUCGGUGACGACUGUCCGGUUUUUGACGGGCUUUUCGAAUUCUGCGGUAUCAGUGCUGGAGGUAGUAUGGAAGGUGCCGCGCGACUGAAUCGCAACAAGUGUGAUGUUGCUGUCAACUGGGCUGGUGGGCUUCACCACGCCAAAAAGAGCGAAGCAAGUGGCUUCUGUUAUGUCAAUGAUAUUGUUCUCGGCAUUCUCGAGCUUCUGCGCUUCAAGCAACGGGUUCUUUACGUUGAUAUUGAUGUUCACCACGGCGAUGGUGUUGAAGAAGCAUUCUAUACAACUGAUCGCGUCAUGACUGUGUCUUUCCACAAGUAUGGCGAGUAUUUCCCUGGUACCGGUGAGCUUCGCGACAUCGGUGUUGGGCAAGGAAAGCACUAUGCGGUCAACUUCCCUCUCCGUGAUGGAAUCAACGACGUCUCCUACAAGAGCAUUUUCGAGCCCGUCAUCAAGAAUGUUAUGGAGUGGUAUCGCCCAGAGGCUGUGGUUCUCCAGUGCGGCGGUGACAGUCUUUCUGGUGAUCGCUUGGGCUGCUUCAACUUGAGUAUGCGCGGACAUGCCAACUGUGUCAACUUCAUCAAGAGCUUCGAUCUGCCAACCUUGAUCCUUGGAGGUGGUGGUUACACUAUGCGCAAUGUCGCGCGAACCUGGGCUUAUGAGACCGGUAUUCUUGUCGGGGAGGGUCUUGAAUCUGAGUUGCCAUACAACGACUACUAUGAGUACUUUGCUCCCGACUAUGAGCUUGAUGUCCGCCCUUCGAAUAUGGACAAUGCCAAUACCAGAGAAUACCUUGACAAGAUUCGCAACCAAGUUAUUGAAAAUUUGAAGCGCACAGCUUUUGCCCCCUCGGUUCAAAUGACAGAUGUGCCCCGAAACCCGAUCUUGGAUGGCAUGGAUGAUGAGGCCGACGAUGUAAUGGACGACCUCGAUGAUGAUGAAAACAAAGACAAGCGUUUCACCCAGCGCCGAUUCGACCAAUACACAGAGAAGGCUGGUGAACUCAGCGAUAGCGAGGACGAGGAAGAAAAUGCCGCCAACGGUGUCCGUCGCCAGCCAGGUGCCAUUCGUCGCCGCAAUCAAGUCAAUUACCGCAACCUUGAGCCAGACUCUGGGCUGGACAGCGGAAUGGCAACCCCGCAGGAUGCUUCGUCUGCCGCGGAUGGGGAAAUGGAUUCCACCCUGGACGCUAAAAUGACCGAUGCCCCACGCACUGAGCCUGAAGCAGCUUCCACUGCGCCGGAAGCUUCGCACGCCGAGGACACACCCGUGACAGAUGCAGACCGCAUGGCUACGGGAAAUGAGGAGGCAGCCUCCGCUACGCCCCAGCGCCUGUCACCUCCCCCUAACGAUGUGGAUACCCCCAUGGAGGAUGCCGCUGCUGUCCCACAACCUACUCUGUCAGAGCAAGAUACUAGCCACGCCGAUAUCAAGAAACCCGUUGAAGAUGCUCCUCAGGCCGAACCCUCCGCCACAUCUCCUGGCAGAGACAACUCACCCCUGAACGACACUGCAGAGGCUAGCUUGAAGGGUGCUGAGCCCUCUUCCGAGACCUCUGCGCCCGCUGCAGACACCGAAGCGACAAUUACUAAGGAAGAGAACCCGACACAACCUGGAGACGUCAAGAAGGAGGAGUAG